AUCGGAGGCAUCUUGACCUUUACACAAUCUUGAUUGACAUCUCGAACCACAAAUUAUCACAUAUAAAGCUUGGAAAUUUCAUAAAAAGGUAUAACGACGUCAAUAUAACAACCCCUGACAAACAGCGCAUUAUUAUCGUCUUUCUUACGAAGAGAGGUAUAUCAGUUUUCAAGAGUUAGAUAUAAAGGGCAUUUGUGAAAGAAAAAAGAAAAAAGAAAAGAGAUCAGGGGCCUAAGAGGCUACAACUCAAUAUGCAUGUUGAAGAAAUAACAGACGAGGUCGCACAGCGCCUCAAGCUCUCUGAAGAAACCGAGGGCAACAAAUCUCCCCAGGCACAACAUGACGAGGGAAAGUCCACAGAAUCAACAUCGCAGAAUGCGCCGGCGUUAGUUUCGCCGGCAGCUAUAUUUCCGGAGCUAUCUCCGGGCCGGGCCAUGACCGAGCGGAAGACGGUGGAUGAGGUAGUCGCAGAAUUGAAGAGAACCCCAUUCUUCAUGACGGAGCUAGAGGAGAACGACGACACCGAGGCCCUCAAAGCUCUUGCGUAUGAGGGAACACCGCUCGAGGUCGCCUCCGACUUCAAAGACCACGGGAACGAGUGCUUCCGCAUCAAGCGUUGGGCCGAUGCCAAGGAGUUCUACACCAAGGGCGUCUUAGUCCUCGCCGCCGAGGAGCGGAAGCGCGCGCGAGGUGAGCAGCAGACCGUGCCAGAGAAAGAAAAAGACGUUAAAGAAGAAGUAAAAGAAGAAGGAGAAAGGGAGAAAGAAAAGGAGACAGAGGAGGACGUGAUCAAGAGCCAAAGAGCCAUGCUUGAGUCCCUGUACGUGAACCGCGCGGCGUGCCACCUAGAACUACAGAACUACCGCAGCUGCUGGCUCGACGGCGCGGCGGCGCUGCGGCUCAAUGACCAGAACAUCAAGGCGUACUACCGAUCGGCGAAGGCGUUCCUAGCCGUAGGCCGCAUCGCCGAGGCCGACGACACGUGCGCGCGGGGUCUCGCCAUCGCCUCGGGCAAGAACGCGCCGCUGCAGGCGCUCGCGCAGCAGAUCAUACAAAAAAGCGAGGUGGCGCGGGAGAAGCAGCGGAAGGAAGACGAGCGGGUGGGGCGCGAGAAGAUGCGGGCGCAGCUGGUCCGCGUGGCGCUCAAGGCGCGCGGCAUCCGGACGCGCACCACCGCGCAGCCCCCCGAGAUGGAGGACGCCGGGAUCCAGCUCGUGCCCAACCCCGACGACCCCGCCAGCGACCUCAGCCUCCCCGUCGUCCUGCUCUACCCGGCCCACCUCAAGUCCGACUUCAUCAAGCAGUUCCGCACGACCGAGACGCUGGCCGACCACCUCAGCUACGUCUUCCCGCUGCCGUGGGACGGCGCGGCGGAGUACACGCUGUCAGGCGUCGAGUGCUACAUGGAGACGGUGGAGGGGGGGCUCAUCAAAGUGGGCAAGAAGGCAAGGCUGCUGAAGGCGCUGUGCUCGCCCAAGGUCGAGGUCGUGGAUGAGCUUGUGAGGGUUUUUGUGCUGCCCCAGCCGAAGGCGGCGGACUGGGCGGCGGAGUUCAAGAUGAAGAAGGCGGCGGAGAAUAAACGGAGUUAAAAGGAAAGGAAAAGAAGAAAACAAAAAAUAAAAGGGGAAAAGGGGAAAAGGAGGGGAGAUAUAGGCAGGUAGGCAGGCAUAAGUCGCUAGCAGGCGUCUAUGUACCUCCUUUCCUACUACUACGUAUCUACGUGCCAAAAUAACUACUUCCAGUGCGCACGAGUAACGGGUCCGCUUCAGGAAGUGUACAAGAACUCAAUAGUGAUUUUGCCCAUUUACCUACAUUGACGGCCUAGAAUAGGCACCUAAAUACCUAGCCGAUGCCGUCGCAGAGCGCCCUCGCUCCAAUCCGAUCCGAUCCCGAUGCCAAAACACUCA